ACCACCCGCUGCUGUCAUCCCACCAUCCCACCACCCGACUCCGCACUUCCAUCGCUAGCGUUUGUUCUCAGUCAGUAGGCCAUGUAGACCGUUCUUGAGUACUUGGUUCGGUCAAAAUACUUUUCAAGCGUCCCGUCCCGUUUUGUUGGUCGUCGCGGGUGUGUUCUCCUCUUCACCGCCGGCUCAUUCAUCCACUCCGAAAGUGCUACACCGAAAUCAUAAUCAACAAGGAUCCGCUUGGUGGGGGUCGCGUCGCGGCUGCUGCCGCCGUGAAGUGCGAAUGGUGCCCAGCGUUGAUGAUAGCCCAAUCAACCAAUAAUAAUGGAUUGUGAAGGCGGUGCUCGCUCGGCUGGACGACAAAACUGUUUUCGCCGCCGGUAGCCAGGGCCAGUGUGCGUCGGGAUAUGGUUCUAGCUGGAUCGUUCGUUCGGGAGAAGUAGUUUCGUUUGUUUGCUCAAUCACGAAGAAGGGGGCAGUUGUUGGUGGAGUGAAAGUGUUGGGGUAUAGAUUAGAACCUGAAUCGAAAGUGAAAGUGAGGGGCUGUGUUCUUUGAGUGCCUUGGUCAACAUUAUCGUACCCGUUUCGGAGCAAUACACCGGAGUACGCUGCCGUCGAAACAGAAACCCGCGAAACGAUGAGCAGCUUCGUGGUGAACAACGUGGCCGGGGAGUCCGGCCGGAAGCUGCCACAGUACGUCGCCGGGCUGGCGGCCUCCGGUGGUGCUCUGGCGGCCGGUACCUUCCUCGGGUGGACAUCGCCGGCUGAAUACCCGCUGGUGCAGCAGCAGGAGUACGGCUUCCCGAUCAGUGCGGAGGAGUUCUCCUGGAUCGGAUCGACUGCCAAUUUGGGUGCUGCGCUGAUGUGUUUCCCGAUCGGAAUAAUGAUGAAGAUGAUUGGCCGGAAGUGGGCCAUGUUGACGAUGGUUCUACCGCUGCUGCUCGGAUGGUUGCUGAUCAUUUUCGCAAACAACGUAGGGAUGCUAAUUGCGGGACGGUUCUUCCUCGGUGUUGGAGGUGGCGCUUUCUGCAUUGCGGGGCCGACGUACACCGCUGAGAUAGCACAGGCGUCGAUUCGUGGCACAUUGGGAACGUUUUUCCAGCUACUCGUAACGAUUGGUAUUCUGUUCGUGUAUGCAGUCGGUGCCGGUGUUAGCGUUCAGGUGCUCAGCAUCAUCUGCGGUGUUAUUCCGAUUGCUUUUGGGUUGAUCUUCUUCUUCAUGCCCGAAAGUCCUCACUACUUUAUCGAAAAGAAUCGUGAUGACGACACGUCUAAGUCGCUUAAGUGGCUCCGUGGAAGUCGCUAUGAUGAACGGGCCGAAAUCGAAGAGUUGAAGGCGGACGACGCCAAAAUGCGGGAGGAAAAGAUUACCUUUGUCCAGAGUUUCCAGCAGCGGGCCACAGUGCGGGCGUUGAUCAUCGCUCUCGGCCUGAUGUUCUUCCAGCAGGUGUCGGGAAUCAACGCUGUCAUCUUCUACACAACAACCAUCUUCAAUGAUGCGAACACCGGACUGGAAGCGACUGCAGCUACGAUUAUCGUCGGUGUUAUCCAAGUGGUAGCCACCCUGCUGGCAACUUUCAUUGUCGAUAAAGCUGGUCGUCGGAUUUUGCUACUGAUUUCCGACUUUUUCAUGGCCGUUUCCACUAUUCUCCUCGCCGUGUACUUCCAACUCAAGGAAGAUGACGCAUCGCAGGUGGAAAACAUUGGCUGGCUCCCGGUGUUGGCGGUAUGUCUUUUCAUUGCCAUGUUCUCCAUCGGUUUUGGUCCGAUCGCGUGGCUCAUGAUCGGUGAACUGUUCGCCAAUAAUGUGAAGGCUUACGUCAGCCCACUGGCCGGAGCAUUCAACUGGUUGCUUUCGUUCCUUGUGACGAAAGUUUUCACCAAUCUACGGGAUGCGCUUGGAAUUGCCGGCGUAUUCUGGCUUUUCUCGGGCCUGUCGCUCCUCGGUACAGUGUUUGUGUUCUUCCUGGUGCCGGAAACGAAGGGUAUCUCGCUGGCGGAGAUCCAACGGAUGCUAUCAGGCGAAAAGGUUCGGCGGUCCAGCGGGCACAGCAAUCAGGGCAUGGAGGAAGACGAGAAAACUGCAUCCCAUUGAGAAGUGAGGUCUCCUACGAUGUUCCACUGCUGUUUGUUAUUUUGUAAAUAAUCUUCCUCGAGAGGCCAACUCUACUAGAUAUUGCUAAGCCAAAAGUAAUGAAGAGCAUUGCCUCAUCUGUCGAUGGCGAAAGGCCUUGCUUGCCGAUAUGCUUUAUCGAUUUUUUUUAAAUGUAACGAUAGUAAUUUAUCUGUAGUGAAAAAUGGUAUAUAAGUGAAGUGAAAGAGUUCGGAAGUACUCAUGAGAGACAUGAGUACCGGCAACAUAUCAGAUUAGAGUACGUAGAAAAUGCAACACAUAGUAGAUUCGAUUGCGAAUGUUACACUGUUAGUAAAAUGUCUUCAUCACAUUCGUAUAGAAACUUUGAAUGGUUUUAGAAUAAAUUUAAAACAGCUUG